AUGUCUGGUUACGAAAUCACAAGUUUUGAGCUUCGCGUAUUGCUGCGUCAUUAUUGGAGAAAGAAUUUGGAUGCAAAAGCAGCUGCCAAAGCAAUUUGCGACGUUGAAGGUGAAGGCAUGGUGGCAUCGCGAACUGCACAGAAAUGGUUCAAGCGUUUCAAUGAAGGGGAUUUUGAUCUUGAAGACAUGCCACGUUCCGGACGACCAGCGGUUUUGGACGAAGGUGACUUGCAAGCCGCUUUGGAUGCUGAGCCGUNGCUAAAAAGUCUUUUGGCUGCGUCUGAACGCGGUCAUACACAAAAUUGCGUCAAAGUGCAAGAAAAAAUUAUUUUGUUUUGCAUUCAGACGCAGUUAUCUUGA